AGGAGAACGACGCGGAAAGGAGCGAGAGCAUGAAGUUCUUCAUUGCUCUGUGUGCAGCGUAUGAAGAAAUAAGCGCGUGUUUGGCCUCAGAGCUGUCCUUCCUGCAGGAGCCCAAAGAUGUGAUUGCAGUGAGGGACCGCCCACUCAUGCUGGACUGCACAGUGCAGGGCGAGGAACCCAUCCAGAUCACGUGGCGUAAAAACGGAGUGCCUCUAAGCACCAGCCCACGGGUUCAGGUGCUGGCGAACGGCACCCUGUUGAUCCAAAGCUUCCAGAAGCGCAAAGAGGGCAGUGACGCUGAUAUGGGCGAGUACGACUGUGCCGCCCAGAAUCACUACGGCAUGCUGGUCAGCCGCAAGGCCAAAGUCCUGCUGGCAUCUCUUCCGAAGUUUCACACCCACCCGAUGUCCAUGACGGUGGAUGAGGGAGGAGUCGCACGCUUCCAGUGCCAGAUCAAUGGGAUACCUGAGGCCAACAUCACCUGGGAGAGAGACAGAGUGCCACUGAGCACCAACGACAACAGGUACACGCUCCUGCCGAUGGGCAUCCUUCAGGUGACGGGUGCGAGGCAGGAGGAUGCUGGCGUGUUUCGCUGCGUUGCCAGCAACAUUGCAAACACACGCUACAGCCACGAGGCCAUGCUCAACAUCAGCGGUGCAGCUCCCAGAACUUACAAGGAGCCCGUCAUCCUGUCAGGCCCCCAGAAUCUAACAUUAACCGUCCAUCAGACGGCCAUCUUGGAGUGCAUUGCCACAGGAAACCCAAAGCCGAUUGUUUCCUGGAGCAGACUAGACGGACGCUCCAUUGGAGUGGAAGGUAUCCAGGUUCUUGGAACGGGGAACCUGAUGAUCUCAGAUGUUUCUCUGCAGCACUCUGGUGUGUACGUGUGCGCUGCCAACCGACCCGGCACCAGGAUGAGGCGUACUGCUCUCGGCAGGCUGGUGGUGCAAGCCCCUCCGGAGUUCCUGCAGUGGCCGCAGUCUGUCUCCAAACCAGCAGGGGGCAGCGCCGUGUUCACUUGCGUGGCACAGGGUGUCCCCGAGCCUCACCUCAUCUGGCUGAAGAACGGCAAGGUUUUAAUGCCUGGCCACAACAUCAAGUUGACCAAUAACAACAGCACUCUUGCUCUGACUCGUAUCGGCGCUGAAGAUGAGGCCAUCUACCAGUGCAUCGCUGAGAACAGCGCCGGUACCAACCAGGCCAGCGCCCGUCUGGCUGUGGCGCACGCAAAAGACCUGCCCGCUGCUCCUCAGGGACUCGUGGCCAGCGUGCUGUCCACCAGCGCUCUGCAGAUCUCGUGGAGCCAACCUCCUGCCGAAGUCACUGACGGUAUUAUCGGCUACGUGCUGCACAUCCGCAAGAUAGGAGAGCCAGACACUUUGGAGCUACAGGAAGCCAUCAGCAAAGGUGCCUUCCAGCAUGAUGUGAACAACCUGGAGCCAGCCACCACUUACUCCCUUUACCUGAAGGCCUAUUCACCCCUCGGAGCCAGUCAGCAGUCACACACCGUGGUGGCCACAACACUAGGGGGCGUUCCCACCCCUCCCACCUUUUUCACCAAGGUGGUGAACUCCAGCGCCGUCCAGGUGCUUUGGGAGCUCCCCAGCAAGGCGGGAAAGGCAGAAGGCUUCAGGCUGUCCUACCGCAGGGUCCCCAAUGCCGACUUCCUGGGGCCCAUCCAGCUGCCGUGUCACAUCAACGCCCACACCAUCGCUAACCUGGAAGGGGGUGCAGUGUAUGAAGUCAAGCUGGUGGCCUACAAUGGGAACGGGGAGAGCGACUGCUCCAAGAGGCUGGUGUCCCUGGCAGAUGAAGGCACCAGGGCCCAAAAUACCGGUGAUAAGACGCCGUGUCAGUGCAGGGAAGGAGAAGCCUCCCUGGGCAGCAUCGUCAUCGGCAUCCACAUCGGCACCGCCUGCAUCAUCUUCUGCGUCAUCUUCCUCAUGUUCGGAUAUCGCCGCAGUUUGUUUUGCAGCAAAGGGACCCAGGACAGCUGGUCCGUACCGAGGGACAACACAGGACACAGUGGCGUCCACAAGGAGGCAGCGGCGCCUCCGGUAGGUCAAAAAAGCCAACAGCAGCCGGCGGUCUGUGCGGCACAGUGCCAGGUCGUCAUUGAGGAGCACCCGUCUAGUCUUCCUGGCACAGGCACGGGCUAGCACUGGUCAAUAACCUAACCCCACACGCCCCCUUCCCUCCCUCCCCCUCUCCCGCCCGACACCCUUCAGCUUCACUUCGGUUCUUUACGGGACCAUCAGCCACACCCAUCCCGCCUCACCCCUCCCUAAAACCAAAGCAUACUUGCCUUUAUUAUGACAAAGCCUUUAAAGAGCGUCGUCACCGCAGACCUGUCAGGCUCUCCAAGCGUGUGUACGCCGUGUCAGCACUCUGGCGGGAGUCUGCUCCAUAACCAAAAUGUUUGAUGUUCUUCAGACCCCGCCUGCGGUGCUGACACACCCUUUUAAGCCAAAUAUUUCAUGCCUGACCAAGUCGUCUGUGGUGACGCAACACUCGACCUUGCCUUCGCUUCCUGCGCAAUAAUAAGGGAAUGAACACAGUGGCCUUUGUGAAAGCGUCCUGACGGGCUUCCACGGGACAAGCCAUACAAGCCACCGUUGUCUCAAAGCCGCACACCUCCAAAGAAACCUACCUCACAAGGUCUGGGUCAGACCUUUCUCUUCAAGCCUUCUUUGACCGGUGCUGCCGUGCCGUGCCCGCCACCAACAGCGAGAGCUCCACGCCCGAGCUUGCCCAUCUACAGAUUGUCCAGAUGAUGCCUCCUGACACCCUUUUAGACCCAAGAUUUGGCUGCCAAAUGACUCCUAAAAGCCACCGCGUCCACUCUCCAGACGCCCGGAAGCCUCCGUGGCGCCGGCCUGGCAUCUGAAGAAGUUGUGAAGGUGAGAAGCCUGAACGCACGCACGGACGAGACUUUAACACUUGGCCGUGUCAGCCUGCCAACCAAGAAAACCAAGCUAAACGACACCCAAAGAUGUUACAUGUUCAUGGUUUUCUUUCUUUUCUUCCUUUUAAGAGACAACAUUUUGGACUGGAAAAGGGGUCACCCGAAUUGCUUUAACUGAACCCAAGCCAAAAACAAAAAAAGAUGACCUCAUGUUUUCAGCUUUUCUUUCAUAUUGAUUUGGAUUUCCUUAUCGGUGCCCCCCUGCGACUUUAUAUACGAACUUUUAAAAGGGGGACCAAAUGAAAAUGUCAGGCAGGGGUGUCCAAAGUGCGGCCUGGGGGCCAUUUUCAGUCCGCAGCUCGUAUUUUUUAUUGUAUAUAUAUUUUUUUAAGGAAAUAAUGUUUAAUGAGAUGUGACACUUAUUUGUUUUGUCAACUACAACACAAAGCUAAGAUGUUUUACUCACAUAAUUUCGCACAGGGGUGUCCAAAGUGUGACCCGGGGGCCAUUUGCAGUCCGUGGCUGUUUUUUUUUUUAAUUGCACAUUCCAUAAAUACUGGUAUAGCAUUUAACAAGGGAGCUUAAAAUAACAACAAACCCAGCAGCAGCAAAAAUGGAAAAAUCAUCAGUCAUUUUAUAAGAAUAAAGUCUAAAUAUUUGGAGAAAAAAGCUGCACUCUUAACGAGAGAAAAGUCGCAAUUUUAUGACAAUAAACUCACAAUAUUAUGAGGAAAAAAAUAGUGGUUUUAGUAGCGUAGAAUUGAAAUAUUAAAGAAAUAAGACGCUUCUUUUGGAAGUCAUAUUACGAGAAACAAAACAACGAAUACGGUUGUCAUUUUUGGGAACUUAGGUUGCAGAAAAAGUUGUAAAAUUACGAGAAUAAAGUCCAAAUAUUAUGGGAAUAAAGUUGGAAUUACGAGAAGAAAAUUUACGAGAAGAAAAUAAAAUAAGUAUUUGGAAGCUGCAAAAACAAAAACCACAACAUCAGAAAUGAAAAAAAAAACAGCUGUAAUUUUAGAGAAAAUAUUAAGACCAAAAAAAUGUAAAAAUUUUUUGAGAAAAAAUGUGUAAUAUUAUGAGGAAAAAUAACAAAAUUUUAGUAGCAUAAAGUUGAAAAAUGAAAGAAAAAGAAGGUUUUUUUCAGUCGUAAAACAAACAAAACAAUGAAUAAAGUUGUAAUUUUUGGAAAAUUAAGUUGCGGACAAAGUUGUAAUAUUACGAGAAUAAAGUAAAAGUACUGUGGGCAUAAAUUACGAGAAGAAAAUUUACGAGAAGAAGAUUGAAGUAUUUGGUAAAUGCAAAAAAACCCCAACAACGUCAGAAAUGGAAAAAACAGCAGUAUAAUUGUACGAGAGUAGAGUGAUAAUAUUAUGAGGGAAAACAAUGUUAUUGUGGUGUUAUACAAGUUGCAAUUUUAAAGAAAAAAAUCUGUUAUUUUUUUUGAAGUCGUAAUAUCGUGAGAGACAAACAAAACAACAAACAAAGUUGUCAUUAUUGGAAAAUUUGGUUGGUGAAAAAAUUAGAAUGUUACAAAAAUAAAGUCGAAAUAUUACGGGAAUUAAGUCAAAAUUACGAGAAAAUUUAAUUUAAAAAUGUACUAAAAUUUAAAGCUGAAACAUUUGGAAAAUGCCCCCCAAAAAAACAACAGCAAAAAUGUACAAAAACUACAUGUGUUGCUUUACAAAAUAUCAAAGUUGCAUCCUUUCAUUUUUCACCACGUGGCCCUCGCUGGAGAAACGUUUGGACCCCCCUGGUUUCGCCUACGUUGACCAACAUCGGAUUUACUUUAGCGUCUUUAGCGUAGAAAAUCUAUGAAAGAAUUUGGACACCCCUGCUUCAAGGAGUACUUCCUUCCUCCAUGACAAAGUAGUGGACAUUUCUUGCCAAAUAUUUAGAGAAGAAAUACGUAACCAAAUAGCUGUCCAUGUUUAACGCGUCCUCGCUGACCAAAGCACAGAGCCGUGCACGUGUGCGUGCGCUUUUCACAGCAGGAGAAACUUGAGGGCGGCAGCUCUGAGGAGCAAACUGAGGGGAACCGUCUCAUCGAGCAAAGUCCGUCCGCCUUCAAAACGCAGGUUUUUGCAGUUUAUUGUUUAAAAAAAGAAAUAAAAAGCUAGGAAAUAACCUCAGUGACGACAUGGAAGUACGUGUUUGCACUUGCAAAGUAUUUAUCCCAGAAGAAAUCAAAGUGUUACCGACUUUAUUGGGGGUACGCCGAUGUUUGAGGUAGCAUUUUAGCAAGUUUAAAAAGGACUUAUUGGUGAUGAAUACAACGGGAGAUGGGAUAUUCCAGAUGAUUUUAUUUCGUAUUGGUUGUUUUUCAUCCUGAUUUACAGUACCUCAAAUUCCACAUGACUUCAGAUAGACCGUAUUUUCCCGACUAUAAGUCGCUGCUACAGAGUAAAGUCGCAUCGGUCAAAAACUGCGUCAUGAAGAGGGGAAAAAAAACGUACAAACACUUCAAAACACUUCAAAUAUGUCACUUUCAUUCUAUCACAAAAUAUACUAAAUAAAUCAUGCUGUUGCGUCGUUGAAUCCGGCCUAUUAUUAGUAAAAAAAUAUGCAUAUUUAAACUAAUUUGAUGUAUUUUUUGCCUAAAUGAAGCAUUUUCAAGCAUCAAAAUGGCUAAAUGAAGUAAAAUGCAAAUAUAAGGCAUUCAGAAGACUCAUUCAAAGACAUUGUGAUGAUGUGUAGUAUUCUACACUGGUCACUAGGUGUCAGUAAUGUUACACUCAUGAGACAGUAGCCACUGCAGGAAGUACCAGAAGUAAAAAAAAAAACGGAACAAGGAACUCUCCUAAUGCUAACGUGAGAAUCUUAUUUUCUGAUUAUGUCGUCUAUUUUGGGUAAUAGGAGUGUAAAGCUGACUAUAGGGCUGUUAUUUCAUGUCUAGAGGGCUCUAAUCAUGUUGAAACCUGUAUUUAGAAGGUGGUAAACAGGUUUUCUGUGCUCUAACUACCAAAAUAUUCCAUUUAUAAAUCCUAGCUCGUGGAAAUUCACUUAUCACGGUCGGGUCUGGAACCAAUUAGCCACCAAUUUAACGAGGGGUCACUGUAAAUCGCUGUGGACCAUCAGUUGCAUUUAUUUGGAAACUUAUUUUGCGAAAUUAAAAACCAAGAACAGACAUUUCAUCUGGAAAGUUAUCCAACGACACACUAGCACACAGACCAACAGGCUGGUGUCUGCUAUGCUAACAUAGCACAUUAACACUUAUUCAGCUACACCAGAGCAUCAAGAACAUACCUGAGAGGCUGAAUAGGCUAAAUGUACAUUACAAGCCAGCCAGUCAAGCAACAAGCAAGUUCACCAAGCUCCCGAUCUCUUCCCCCAUCGCCCUCUCGCGGCUGUCGAUAGUAACGUUCACUCCUCGGUUCAUGUCAGUCAGUGUGACUUAACAUGUUUAAUUAUAUACAGUAUAUUUUUGUGUUUAUAAGUCCUAAGACGAGCCAAACUAUGAAAAAUAGUGUGACUUAUUGUCCGGAAAAUACAAUAUUUCUUUUCAUUCCUCCGCUGUAUUAUCUUCUUUAAUGCCGUCGUCAAGUCUUACUUAACUGUUAGAUUUGUUGGCCAGAAACGUACAAAAACCGAGGCAAUUCUUCCCCGUAGGAGAUCACGUCAGUCCAAUUCAUCCCUCCCAGACACCACAAGAUAUGAACAAAAAGGCGUUUUAUAGAGAAUCAUUGGAUUUUUACAUGCAGAAGAGAAAAAGUGGAAUAAUUUGGACAGGCUGGCGAAUGAGACGGACCUCCUCGAGCUGCUGUAUCCCCUCCAAGGUGAUCCUUUUAUGAGCAGAGCAGUUUAUAUUCUAACCUUUAUUGCCUUGUUCACCCGUCUCCUUUUUUGUUUUUUUAAAGCAACCUCAAGAGCAGUUCAACCGCGAUACCAAAAAAAGCGACACGGAAGAUGUGUUGUUCUAGCGUGAAGUGUGUCGUUUUUUUGUUGUUUUCUUUUUUUUUUUUUUUUUUAAUGGAACGCCUUCGCUGCUUCCGUUUGGACGAAAAGUUGCCAAAAGAAAUGUUGACAUUUUUGUCUGAAUGUUUCCUCUUCUUCUUCUGAUUAUGAUUAGAUUCCAUAGCUUUGAUGAUUGAUGGAUUUUGCGUUGUUGAAAUGCAGAGAUUGUAAAUGUAAGGCUGGCAUAUUUUUAUGUAGAAUCGUUAGGACGUAGAAACAGGCCGCUAGUAGCGAGUAAUCAUUCCCUGCAAGUGCUUCUUUGUACUCGAUAAGCUUUAACCUGUGUUGCCACACCAUGAAAACGUCUGCAGGUGCAAGACGGACCGGAGAAAGAAGCAGCAGAGCAGAGACCAAACUGUGACUUGCUUUCAUUAUGGGCCUGCAAAUAAAGCACAGCCGCCCAUUUUAUUCCUACGUGUUAUUUAUGGUGAUUAGAUCGUAUUCUGCCGCAACUAACGAAGAACCCCCACACCUUAUAUCACUGGAAAGAUGUUGAUCUUAACAUUCGAUGUAACCAUGGCGACGUCACGCACCAACAACAAUGGAAACGGGCCACUUGAUUAGGAACAACCCCAACAUGUUAUACCAGCGGAAAUGUCUCGAAGGGGAGUGCGCUACUUGAUUAGGAACCCCUCUUCCGCCCACACCGGGCAAAGAACCCCCAUCCAUGUUAUAUCAGUGGGUGGGUCUUGAUGGGGGUAAGAGCCCUUUUUAUAUUUGGUAACAUUCUGUGUAACCAUGUCGACAUCAUUGACAAACAAAUUUGCAAACCACUUGAUUAGGAACCCAUUUUCAGCACACGUGUUACAUCACUGGAUAUUUAUAUAUGCUGAUAUUUUUGAUGAGCAGUCCGCUGCAUCGGGACCUCGCCCGUGCUUGAGCCACGCUCGCGAUCUGCUUGGCUACAAGGCGGCAACUGACGAGUUGCGAUCAACACGGUUAGCUAUCGCCUUUUCACAUGCAUGUUUAUUUAUUUAUUUAUGCAAAGCAUUCAUCGCUAAAGCGCUACAUUCGUACGACGACAUGUCUUAUUUGUCCGUGAAAUAAGCGGACUUGUUGAGCCUCACCUUCAAAAGACUUUGGCAGUACGAAGUCUCUGAAAUGAUCAUGUGCAUGGCUUGGUCUCUGCUCUGUCUGCAAACCGCUGGGAAUGCUCGGACUGUACUUCCAUGUCUCACACACCAACAUGCCUGAAACCAAAUAAAAGCUUUUUUCAUGAACAUCCGUCUCGCUCAUUUGCCAACUGGAAGACAUAACAUUACAUUACAGCUCGACGAAGCAAUUUCGGUGGAAAUUGCAUGUGAAUGCUGAAAUAUCCGAGAGAUGUGUUGACGUUUAGUCACCCGCUGAGGAUCGAACCAGCAACUAUCGGGUUUGCAUGUAACAGCAGAAUGUUACAUGCAAUGUUAAAGGGGACCUCUGAUGCUUUUCUGAGCUACAUAUGUUGAUACAAUGUUGUGUUAUUGUGUUAAACCAUGCUAACGCGUCAGCUAAUGAGGUUUGCGCAUUUGGAAGUGAGACCUGAAAGCAGUUUUGGACGACACCGGGAUCCACUGACGUCA